GCCGAAGAUAUUCCAUUUUCAUGUACCCAAGCAGCCAAGUACCAAGUACAUUUGAAGCUUCGUUUUCACCUAAUAAUAAUUCUACCUACACUCUCAUUACGAAUCCUAUGUUUGUGUUUUCACUGGUCUAUAAUGAAUAACACUUCUCAUAACAAUCAUGAACCUUACCAAAGACAAUUCAUUGUGGGGUACGAAGGAUCUUCCUCAGUAUUAUGUGGUGGCUUGCGUUUAUAAUAAUGAGCCGAUUGCCUUCACCUAGAUCCAUAAACUCGUCGACAACUGAAGUUCUGCACAGGCCCUAGGUAUUGAAUCUGAUACAUCGCCGGACUUCAUUUAUCUCUCUCUCAUACAACUGGAUCUUUAUUGGCACGGAAACUCACUACAAAUCCACGGUUCUAUCAUCACCGAUGAAGUUAACACCUUUGAAGGUCCCUGGCAAACGCCGCCAGAAGGACGAGCCUGUCGCCGUCGUACCACGUAAGAGAGUCAAAAAUAAGUCAAGACCACGCCCGCAGAAGUCCGCCGAAGAAACUGCAUCUUACCUUGAACAUAUGCCACUAGAGAUACUAGAGCAUAUAUUCUGGCUCAGUGGGAAUAUCAACCUUACACGUGCCAGUCCUCGCAUUGGACGCCUGUUGUCGGGACUGCCUACUCGGCAAGAGACUUUCAUCUGCGCUUUCGAGCCUACAUGGGAUGCAUGUUUCGGGAUCAUGUCCCCUCGGCGCGGCGCUGUUUGUUGGAUAUCCAGCGUACCUGAGAUUUCCCAAGGCAACCCUGAAUUCCAGUCCGCUCUUUUGGAAUUUUCCUGGACCGACAUUUCUUUCAUACUAAAAUGCUGGGAUCUUUACGUUGUCCGACGUGCGAGGCGGCGACUUCUUUGCGGCUACGCUACUACUACUUCGCGAUUCCAUCUCUGUCACCCUCGUCCAAUAGCGAAUGCUCUCGAGACCAUGGGCGAGCACAAUGUGACUGAUGAGAUAGCAUCCAGCGACGAGUUCUGGGUCGACUACCGUCUAUUCCGAGACUUGGAGGUGUGGGAAGGAGAUGAUCGGCGUAAAAACGUCGACUCCUAUCUGGGGUUAUUUGCAUCCAACACCUUCUACCAGGUAAAUUCGGAGACUCGAAUCCCGGACACAUUACUCUUGUCACCUAGAAGCGAAGCGGACCUUCAGAAGUUGUUCUGGUUGGUUCGAGGCGGUGCUAGUCUAGGACCCGACCAAGAUUGGGAAUUCACCCAGGAGGUAUACCACAACGCAUUGCUAGAGUGUAAACGAAAGAAUGGUCAGCUCAGCUAUGCCGUGAUCGGAAUACUUUACAUUUUGGGAGCAUUGAGACUCUGGCCGGAACACGCACGUGCUAAUGGGAUAACAGCACUCUAUGAGCUUGCGGGUCGUUCUCGGUUAGGCUUUAUUGGUCGUUACGUGCAAUUUCUGGACGAGCCUUAUAUCUACGAGGUGCAAUGAGUCAUGUAGAUCAGUCCAGGGGCUGACAUUCUGGGGUCGCAACACGUUAGACUGCUCAAUCUUCUAGUAUCUCUGAUGAUGCUAACGUCAAAGCUGCUCGUGUAACCUAGCUGGAUAUGCCCCGGUUCGCUCGGAAGGGAUAUGGAACACUACUGGCAACCAUUCAUGGCAAUGAAGUCAAUAUAGGAUGUUAUUUCGCACAUCGGGCCCUUCAUGGGCAUGUCGCCGAAAUAGUGCUUAUGGAAAAGAAUUUGCGUACAUGUUUUAUGGUUGGUUGUCGUGGACGAUGACUGCCUCUGAAGUUCAGAAAAUAUCUCGUUAUACAACCACGAUAAUCGAUUCUUCGAGUAUAGUACCUCCUCAUCCCGGGUUCUACUGCCGAUUCUACGUUAUUGACUCCUUGGCAGCUAUAUAGUAAGCACCUUAACUACCUGCCCAUCGUAUGAUAGUUCGUACGUAAUGUUACACGAGUAGUAUAGCAUAGUAGGCGAGCCAACCCCAAGCUGUCAUAUAUUGGAAUAGACGCG